UAAGUGGUGCCGUUUAAGGGUUAUGGAAUUAACAAAAUAGUCCAGAGACGGUCUGGACCAACGCUGGAAAGAGAACCGGUUGACCUCAUUCGUCGAACUCACUGGACCCCUUUUGCUUCUAAUGUCCCUCUGCUGCUCUUACAAAGAAUAAUAUCAUUCGUGUCUUUAACCAGUGCUACAUAGCUAACUUAUGUUGUCGACAUAACUCGUUGGGAACGCGAUGUGCUCACUGUAUGUCGUACCACCACUCCAUACGUUCUUAUAAUCAGUAUUUGUUUUAAUCUAUCAGUCAUAUCCAUCUCAGUGCCUGUGGUUUGGUAAUCAAUUGGUCGGACUGUGACAGCAUCGAGAAGACGGCUGAUGUUAGCUUCAGAGCUAACCGUUACUGAGCCAGUCUUAGUGGCUAAAAAUAACUGGUGAAACUGGUGGGCUUCGGUCCACGUUUGACUUCCGUCUUUGGCUUUAUUUUUUCUGGUGACCUUGCUCAGAGUUUGACGCUCUACAUGGUCACUACACAGGGAUCGGGACAAGCGGAAGAGCGAGUCGGACCUCGAGGCUGCGAGCCGAGCUGGCCUGAUCGGGCUUCGGGUCUCACAGCGGACCGCACUCGGCUACGGCUGAUCGGUGGCCGGAUGACGUUUUGCUGUGAUGGGCUUAUCUUGUUAUCGGUGGUGAUAUAAGUAGCCUCGGUUCGAUCCAGCGAAAAACCGAGACUUUGCGAAGGGAUCAGAGUAAAAGCGACCUAUUUCCAACUUUCUGAGACUUUCAGAAGCUGCGCAUCAUGACGGAGGAUCACAAUGCAGAAAAGUUCAUCAAGGACGCCUCCAUCUUGGAUGAGUACAUCAUCAACUGGACGCAGAAAUUGGGAGCUGGAAUCAGCGGACCUGUGAGAGUUUGUGUGAAGAAGUCAACUCAGGAACGCCUGGCCCUGAAAAUCCUCAUUGAUCGCCCCAAGGCCAGAAAUGAGGUGCGUCUUCACAUGAUGUGUGCCAACCACCCAAACAUCGUGCAAAUCCUGGAGGUGUACGCCAACACUGUCCAGUUCCCUCACGAGUCCAGUCCAAGAGCAAGACUCCUGAUCGUUAUGGAGAUGAUGGAGGGUGGCGAGCUCUUCCACAGAAUCAGUCAGCACAAGCACUUUACUGAAAAGAUGGCCAGUCAAGUCACCAAACAGAUCAGCCAAGCGUUGGCUCAUUGCCACUCCUUGAAUAUUGCACAUCGAGACCUAAAGCCAGAGAACCUGCUCUUCAAAGAUAACUCUCUGGACGCACCUGUGAAGCUGUGUGACUUUGGCUUUGCCAAAAUCGAUCAAGGAGACUUGACGACCCCUCAGUUUACCCCUUACUACGUAGCACCUCAGGUACUUGAGGCUCAAAGAAGACACCAGAAAGAAAAGUCUGGAAUUAUACCUACCUCACCAACUCCUUACACGUAUAACAAGAGCUGUGACUUGUGGUCGCUGGGUGUGAUCAUCUACAUCAUGCUGUGCGGCUAUCCUCCGUUCUACUCAAAGCAUCACAGCCGCACCAUCCCUAAGGACAUGAGGAAGAAGAUUAUGACGGGCAGCUUUGAUUUCCCAGAAGACGAGUGGAGCCAGAUAUCUGAGAUGGCCAAGGACAUUGUACGCAAGCUUCUAAAGGUAAAGCCUGAGGAGAGGCUGACUAUUGAGGGAGUCUUGGCUCACCCCUGGCUGAACUGCACCGAGGCGUUGGAUAAUGUGCUGCCGUCUGCACAGAUGAUGAUGGACAAGGCGGUUGUUGCAGGCAUCCAGCAGGCUCACGCAGAACAGCUCGCCAACAUGAGAAUACAGGAUCUGAACGUCAGCCUGAAGCCUCUGAACUCCGUCAACAACCCGAUCCUCAGAAAGCGGAAACUGCUGGGUCCCAAGCCCACUGAUAGUUUCUUCAUUCACGACCCAGAGGACGGCGGGGAAGACACCAACGUAGCUCUGGAGAAGCUGAGAGAUGUCAUAGCACAGUGUAUACUACCACAGGCUGGAGAAAACAGGGAUGAGAAGUUGAACGAGGUGAUGCAUGAAGCCUGGAGGUUCAACAGAGACUGUAAGCUGCUGAGAGACGGCCUGCAGGGUCUCAGCUGGGAUGGGCGAUCUUUCUCCGAUAAGGUUGACCGCUUGAAAUUGGCUGAAAUUGUGAAACAGGCCAUCGAAGAAAAGACGAAUCUCCAAGAGUCUCAUUAGCCAACCCUCACUUUCUAUCCCUUUUUUAUUGUUUAUUAUGAAUUUUUUAAAAUUCAUAUCUGUAAAGACUCUUAUGUCUAAUGAUGUUCAGUUUUGUUCUGUUAUUUUAUUUUUAUUUUUUGCCUUGAUGAUUUCACUUGUAAAAUCCUGUAAUUGACCUAUACUGGAAGAGCUACUGUACAGCUGUACAUAUUUCAGAUUUGUUGGUACUAUCAUUUUAGAAGAAAAAAAAACAAUUAUAAAGAACAUAAAAAAAUAUAUUUUCAUUUUUACUAAAACAAAAGAGAAAUCUGUGAAAGAAAUUAUUUUUUGGGAGGGAAUUUUUAUUAGCUGGUUUUCAAAGAUGUCGUGUUUUAUCCUGAUUAUUUCCUCUGUUUUUGUUUUUCUUUAAUUAUACUCUGAAAAGUUUUAUUUAUUUGAACUAAAAAAAUUCCAAGAUUUUAUAUCUUUCUGGUAGCUUGAUAGUGACUAAAUUUUAGAGAAGCUGUCUAUGAUGUGACCUUUGAUCUUCCACUCUGCCUGCAGGUAUAUAACAGCUAUUGUCUCAUUUGUUUAGUUUUUCUGUAGACCUCUUUGCUGUUUUUAAUAUGUAGGAGAAGGAAGAAUGGGAAAGUGAUGUGAAAGAAAGUGUCAUGUACCUUUGUUUUAUGAGCUCAGUGGGAUUCUAAAGAAAACAAUUUCUGAAAUUAUAAUUAGUUGGAAAAAGUUCUGUUAAUCCUAAUCCACAUGAGGCACGGAAGGUUUUGCCUUUUAUUGUAAAUCAGUAACGUUGCUGACAGAAAUGCUCGUGUGUUGCAUCACGUUUAAUGAGUAAAGGUCAAAAUUUUAGGGGGUGUUUGUGCAGACAUGAGCCACAGUAAAGGAAAAAGUCUGAGUUCAUCCUCACAUUGAGUUGGCCAAGCUGAGGGUAGCAGAAAUGAGGUUUUCAGUCCGUCGUUGUACCUCCUACCUGGAGGUAGCAGGGUAGAUCCUCCCCUUAAAGUAUGGCUGCAGUUAUCCAGAUGAAUUUAGCGUUCUGUAGAGGUCUGGUGGUGUUGAGUUCAUUCAGUGGUAUGCUGGCUGUUUUUACUGUUUCUUUACUCUGUAGACCAGGCAUCCCCAAAGUCGGUCCUCGAGGGCCGCUGUCCUGCAGGUUUUAGAGGUUUCCCUGCUCCAGCACAGCUAAUUUACAUUGAUAGUUGAUUAACAGGCGUUUGCUGAACUGCAAUCAUCAGAAUCAGCUGUGCUAAGCAGAUAAAUCUCUAAAACCUGAAGGACAGCGGCCCUCCAGGACCGACUCUUGGAAGGCCUGCUGUAGACCAUUCAUGUUAGCUGAAGGUGAGCCUUACCAGACAUGAUAAAACCUCAUUACCAGAACUGACACUAAAAGUGCAGAGACCUUUUUUUCUGCCACAAUUGGUUGUUACUGAAAUAAAGCAUGAAAUUGCUUCAUCUGAAUGAGGGUUUCAAAUAUGUUGUGCUCUAUCUUCAUGUGCUAAGAAAGGGGAUUUUUUUUUUAUGUGGUCAACUAAGAGCCUUUUUAAUUCAGAGUUGCCUCGGCCUUUGUCUAUUUUUUAUUUUUUGUGAAGAAGAUGCUACUGAAAACCUAAAACUACUGAAGAUCUGUUAUUCACACAGCGCUAGAAGUCCAGCUUCGAUGUAAAAACACGAAACAAAGAAAUACGAAGUUCCUUAUAGUUUCAUGGAUAACAUGAACAAUUUUUUGUGAACAAGUAUCUAAAUUAAAAAAAGAAAACCUACACUAGCCUGGUAAGGUUUGUACAUCCGUUUAAUGCUUUGUGGAAGCACAUUUUGAUUAGAUUUGAGUCUGUCUUUAACCCUCUCAGGCUCAAAUUAAGUUGUAGUUGCAGGAAAAAUCUGAUAUUUGGAGAAAAUGAUCAUAUGUGGUAGUAAUAUACAAUUCAGACUUUUUUUUUUGAUAGAGAGACCUUGACAUGCAAUGAAUUCUGGGAUGUUGCAGAUUUGCAACAGUGGCCUGGAAUGGUAAAUUAACGCUGAAGACUGAAUCUGAUAUGAACGUUAACUUUAUUUGAAUGUCACAAACAAAAAAUUAAAACAAAAUUUAAAAAAAAAAUUUCUCUCACAAAAUUAGAGACAACUUUUUCUCAACCGACAAUUCAAAACCUCUUGAGAAGGCCGUUUCUGUUAAGCUGUUGCUCAAAAUAUAGGCAAACUAGUAGAUAAAGCAUGUAGCAUCUAUUGGUACCUGUUUGGGCACACGUUGCGAAUCCACAACAUUGAAAUCCAGAUG